AUGUCUGAUCAGAGGAAAGAAGAUGAGUCGACAGAAGCGUGGAAACCUAACUGGCAGCUCAAGUGUAUAUUCGCCAUUGUGGGUUUGCUGAACUUUGUCGCCGCUCUUGAUGCGACAUCUUUAUCAGUUGCUUUACCGACUAUCUCCGAUGACCUGAACGGCACAGCAACUCAGGCCUUUUGGGCUGGCACAUCUUUUCUAGUCGCUUCAUGCGUCUUCCAACCCGUGUUCCAUCUCGCAUCUGAAAUUUUCGGCCGCAAAUAUAUUCUUUUUCUAGCAGUGGUUGCCUUUACGCUAGGUUCGAUUCUUGCUGCCGUCUCACAUGCCUUCACUCUACUACUCGUCGGCCGUUCAGUUCAAGGUGUAGGUGGAGGAGGCAUUAUGGUACUCACAGAGGUACUCAUUGCCGAUCUAAUUCCACUGAAGGAAAGGGGGAAAUGGUUCAGCAUUCGAUCUGGGACAUGGGCAUUGGGCACGGUUACUGGUCCUUUGAUCGGCGGUGCUCUCACACAAUCAGCUGCGUCCUGGAGAUGGAUCUUUUGGAUCAACCUGCCCUUCUGCGGACUAGGACUGGUCUUGGUUCCUAUUUCCCUGAAAUUGAAUAGAACACCUCCACCGUUGCGGGAGAGUCUCGUUAAGGUCGACUUUGUGGGAAUAUUCUUGUUCGUGGCCUCUUUGUCGUCUUUCUUGAUCCCGCUUACUUGGGGCGGUAUCAUGUACGCUUGGGAUUCAUGGCAUACGCUGGUUCCUCUACUUCUCGGCGUGGCUGGCCUGAUUGGCUUCGUUGUCUACGAGAAGCUAGGCGCUGCCCAACCUCAGGUACCACUCGUGAUCUUUAACAAUCUCACCCAGUCCCUCUGCUACGCGGGUGCCUUGGGAUACAGCCCUGUGGUUGCCGGUCUGGCCCUAUUCCCCGAGACUUUUACAGUGGCGCCCAUCUCAGUCAUCACCGGUAUCGUCGUCGCCAGAAUAGGGAAUUACCGGUGGGCCAUAUGGUCUGGAUGGCCAAUCACUGCCCUGGGCAUCGGGCUCAUCUGUUAUCUCGAUGAUGAAUCUACAAUCCCGCAAUGGGUAUGCAUCAAUUUGGUAGCCGGCAUCGGCCUGGGCAUUCUAUAUCCCGCCGUUAUGCUGGCUGUUCAAGCCGCCGCAAACCCGGAAUACCUGACAAUAUCUGUCACAAUGUCACCGUUCUUCAGAGUCCUCGGGCAGGCAGUUGGCGUCGCGAUUGGGGGAGUAGUCUUUCAAAACCGCAUCAAGCAUGAGUUCAAAAGCUACCCCGAGCUAGGACGCUCGGCAGAGGCCUUUGCACAGGAUGCGUCCAGCUUGGUGCAGUAUAUCAAACCCCUGCCGAAGGGGGGCGCAGAGCGUGAGUUGAUCCAAAGAUUGUAUGUAAAAUCCUUGACUAUUGUGAUGGCUGUGAUGUGUGGAAUCGCGGGAUUGGGUAUCCUGACGGCGAUUUUCAUUAAGGGGUAUACUUUGAAUCAGGCGUUUAGCUCCAAGCAAGGGCUCAGGGAGCCGACUUCUACUGAUGUUGAGUCAAGCCCGUCUAUGGCCGUGGAAAAGCAUGACGCAGAAGAUUCGGAAUGA